AUGGAUGAGUGCAGUACUGACAACGAUCCGAGGCAAGCGUUUACUCGUAAUGUGAUACAAAAUGAUGGUUCAUCUAACAAUUCGGAUGAUUAUUCCUCAUCAAGUAUUCAGGACAAGCCGAGUGACAACUCCCCUUCAGCAGAUAAUGAAAGACCGAAAUUGACUGCUGAUAUGACAGAGCAUGAAAAUAUAGCGAACGCGGUGGCUGCGAGUGGCAGCGAAAUGGAGCCUGAAAGUAUUUGCAAAUUGGCGCAGGAGACUGAGCAGUCGUCUCGUUCCUGUGAGCCUAAACAAUUCCGUGAUUUUCGAAGUUUGGUAGAAAAUUUGGAGGCACUUUCGGAUUGGCGUCUUCAG